CACAAAAAGUACCAUCUAUAGUGAUCUUAGCAGAAGAGCUCGCUGACGAGCCUUUACUAGACGUUAUGGACGUUAUUCAUAGAAGUAAUGAAGUCUUAAGGAAGCGAGAAGAGAAGAGAGGCCAUAGAAUCCUGUGAGUCAGGGAUUAUGUUUGUUUAUAAACAGUACCAUCCCCCCCCCUCCCCGCCCGCGUGGUAAAUAUGAAAUUAAGCCGCAGCAGCGCCCUGAUUAUUUUUGGUACCUAGUGGCGUUAUAAUAAAUUUCCAAGGCAUAUAUAUGGGGAUGAAAAUUCUCUGAAUAAAAGACUUUAUCUGAUGAGAGAGGUAAAAACUGCCGCGCUUUCCAUGCACAUACGACUCCACCAAGACUCAACUUUACAGGAUCUUCGCGGCCCUACACAACAACCACCACAGCCUGCAAGCCCGCCAAAUCCCCAACAAGAACAGGAAGACGUUGUGUUGUGCUUAGCGGCGGCUUACCUAGCGAAGAUCAAGCAAAGAAGAAGGAGGAAGUGUCGCUGGAGUCGUCAGUGGCUCCAGAGAAGGACAGAAGGGAGUGUCACUAAGAUUGCUGAGGGAGCUGCGAGAAGAGGACCAAGUUACGCUCACGCAGCGGACAAGAUUGAACCAGCAGCAGUUCCAAGAUCUUUUGGCCCUGGUCACCCCUCUUAUCAAGAAGGAAGACAAACGUGCGCCAAGCAGUUACUCCUGCUGAACGUCUUACUCUGACUCAACGAUAUUUACCAACAGGUGUCCAUGCCGGGUGGUCUUCUGAGCUCUGACGUAGCUCCCUCUGGCCGGCUUCCACAAGGGUUCCUGCAGGACUGGCCGUGGUGUGUGGUGCUGGCAGCAGUGCUAAAGUGGAGGGGUGAGGCAGGGCAGCAGCAUGAGUGAGCAGCAGCAGCAGCAGUCUGCUUCAGAUGUAGGGAGGUGCAGGCGUGGUGGCAAAAAUAACCUGGAGGCAGGCAGCUCUGUCCACACAGGAGAGAGCAAGUUUGGGUGUCAGCAGUGUGAUAAAACUUUUAGAUCCAAGCAAGGGCUUAGGCAACACACCCUGACACACAAUGGUGUUAGAAAUUAUGAGUGUCUUCAAUGUGGGAAGAAAUUUGCCUCAAAGUAUAAGCUCACCACACACACCCUGAUACACAGUGGUGUUAGAAAUUAUGAGUGUCUGGAAUGUGGAAAGAAAUUUAUCCAGCAGUCUCACCUCACCGCACACACCCUGACACACAGAGGUGUUAAAAAUUAUGAGUGUCUUCAAUGUGGGAAGAAAUUUGCCACAAAGUAUAAUCUCACCACACACACCCUGACACACAGUGGUGUUAGAAAUUAUGAGUGUCUGGAAUGUGGAAAGAAAUUUAUCCAACAGUCUCACCUCACCACACACACCCUGACACACAGUGGUAUUAAAAAUUAUGAGUGUCUGGAAUGUGGAAAGAAAUUUGCCACAAAGUGUGAGCUCCAUAGACACACCAUGACACACAGUGGUGUUAGAAAUUAUGAAUGUCUGGAAUGUGGAAAGAAAUUUACCAUAAAGUCUAACCUCACCAAACACACCCUGAUACACAGUGGUGUUAGAAAUUAUGAGUGUUUGGAAUGUGGAAAGAAAUUUACCCAACAGUCUAGCCUUACCACACACACCCUGAGACACAGUGGUCUUAGAAAUUAUGAGUGUGAGGAGUGUGGCAAAAGAUUUCCUAUCCUUUCUGAGCUCAAUAGACAUGCCUUCAGACACACUGGUUUGAGGAAGUUCAAGUGUGAUGUUUGUGGCAAGUGUUUCAAGGCAAAAUGUGACAUUGCCAACCACAUGAGGAUCCACUUUUGAGGUGGUGUGUUGUGUGGACCAGUGGGGGCACACCCAUGCCUGUGGGAGUGUGUGUUGGUGGUGGCAGCGGUAGUAGUGUGCAGUGUGUUGUGUCUGUGGCGGCAGCUGUGCCCUUGUGUGCUGUGAGGGAGUAAUCAUGUGCCUGUGACUAAUUUUUGUGAGUUGUUCCUUUUCAACUUUGUAUUUAAGGUAAAGACUAACUUAAAAGUUUUGUUAAUGAUGUGUGGUGUUGUGUAGACUGUUAGUGAAGAAAUUAAUAUAUUGCAACCACCCUC